GGAUGUGAAGGGGGUUCGCUAAAGAAGUCCAGAAUCUAUGAACGAGGAAAACAACGAGCUUGGGCCGAAGGCAGCAUUGUGGUUGGCUUCAACUUGGGUGCCGGAAUAUUUCGAAAGCCUCCCUCGCGCUCCUCCCCUCGUCAGGGAGAACAACCUUCAUCAUCAUCAGCAUAAUCAUCGUUAUCAUGAUUAUUGCCAUCGUCGCUGUGCCCUGUGGUACUAACAGGAUUUGUAGCUCGAUAGCCGCUACUGAAAUUGUAGGUUAUAUCACAUUUUAUUUGGCGGUGCGCGGAAGUGUUGUCUGUCGGCCUUUCUGCAUGUGGAAUAGCACAUUGUACUGUUCAUCACGUCGAGCUACCGAGUGUUGAAGCUGCUCCAUAUCGCUGAACGAACUAUACAAGAUUAAACUAGUUGUGAAAUGGAGAACGGCCACGGAUAUCGUUUAUUUAUGGCAGUCCAUCUCUUGCGAAUAUCUGCGCAAGGGCACUCCACCUAGGUGCUUCCCUCUGAUUUUUAGCGAUAGCACAUUUCACGUCAUUGUCGCUAGGAAAGCAUCUUUAAACUACUAUGGAGGGAAAGGCUAAGACAUGUGGUGCAGUGCCUACUCACCACCAACGUAGGAACAUUUCGGCCAUUAAGCUCAGUUCAGGUAAAUUUGUGAAACGAAAUUUUUCCAUGAUGUUCCCGUGGACGUUUCUUGAGGACGACAGCGACAUGUUGGCCGAUUUGGUCCUUUUUUACCCCCGAGCGUCUCCAUUGUCCGCGCCGCCACAUCCUCCGCCACCCCCUCCACCAGGAAGAUUUGACUGUACCGUUGUCUUAAAUGGCGAAUGCGAAACAACCCCGGAUCUCAGUUCAGGCCUAACAACCAUCCUUCUAACAGCGGGACAAGGACGAACUCCAAAUCUUCCGCUAGUUACGGUCGGCUCGGCUUUGCUAUUCAGCAUUGUUUGUGUUACCAUCUUCUUCACCUGCAGGCACCAUAAACGGAAAAUGGACUUCUUAGCAUACAAGCCGGGACCGCAACUAAGUCAUGUCGUACUGGGCCCCACCGCAAAACGACCUAACGAUGGAACGUUACUAGGCUUAUCUCGAUCAGAUCCGAACGAAUCCAGCCUACCCGACAUGUAUGCAGGUGAUGGAUACGGCGGUACUCUGCCGUUACAAAAGGCCCCUCUGACACCUGCAUUGGUUCUUUUAGAAGCACCUCGCCAAGGAAGCAAAGAGCACUUCAAUCCGAUCUACGAGGAGCUUGACCAACACGGUGCCGAUGAAAAUGUGCAGUACUCCUCAAUGGUUGAACGAAGCCAUCUUGAAGGAAAUAUUAUGAAGCCGGUGGCGGAAUUACGAAGUCGGAGUUACCAGUUUGUAACGUCGCGUCAACCUGGGAGUGAGAAUAUCUACGCAUCCAUAGAAGAUCAGCGCUUUUGCUGAAACAAGAGUCAUCGACUUCUUCAUCUACGAGGAUGACCUUCUAAUUAAUAUCAUCUCUUCAAUAAAAUACCAUAGUUUGGUUUACAUGUGGCGUCUCUCUAAAACCAAGCUAUGAAUAAAUAGUA